ACGGCUGGGUCUGGACCUGGUGCCCCGCAUGGACGGCUGUAUGGUGGACCCCGAGACCAUCUCCGUCGUCGACCUCCAUCGCGUGCAUUCGCAAAGUCUGGAAACGUCACAAGGGAUGUCGAUACGGGGCACGCUCCGUAAGAAGAAGCCAGCAGAGCCGACAGUGACCAAUCACAACUUGCACCUGUCUGUGAGCGAGUUCUGUUACCCUAUCGUCGAAGAUGUGGAGCUCGACUUCUCCCUGUACGACGCCAAACGCGCCAGGUUUAUCAGUGAGCGAUUUGUGGUUUUGAUAUCGCGAGAUGGCUCCAAGCCUUUCUGCAACAAGUCUGCCAACAAUAACUCAGCAGUCUUUACGGAUCUGGGUGACGUGGACCACGCGCCGGACCUGCACCUGGUAGUGCGCGCCCUCCGACUGGGUCGCAUGUUUCCGGCCGAAUCCGGGCGGCGCGCGGGGCCCCAGCGCCUGCGGCGGCCGCUGGGCUGUGCAGCCGUCUGUCUGUGGGACGUUCUGGGAGGCCGGGAGGCGACUGAACGCCAGCUCACCGUGCGGCUACAGCAGGCUGAGGAGCGGGAGUUCGGGCAGCUGCACGAACUCAUCAUCCGACAGGCCAGCAAGCUGAGCCCGCUCUCCGGGCAGGGCAGCUACGGUUUGUCUCUGUCGCUGCGACUCCUGAACGGCAGCCAAUCGCACCUGGUGCGGGACCAUCCCCUGCUGCUGAAACACGCUGCCAUCGCCAGAAAACUUGGAUUUCCGGACGUCAUCAUGCCCGGAGAUGUUAGGAACGACCUGUACCUGACGCUGGACCGUGCCGAGUUCGAGAGAGGCGGCAAGUCGACCGGCAAGAACAUCGAGGUGGCGGUGAUGGUGGUGCGCGCCGACGGACGGCUGGUGGAGGACUGCAUUGUAAGCGCCGCCGGCCAGCCGGGUACCCAGCGGUACAGCUCGACAGUGCUGUACCACAACAACACCCCGCGCUGGGCCGACACCAUCCGGCUGGCGGUGCCCAUCGAGCUGUUCGGCGCCGCCCACGUGCGACUCGAGUUCAGCCACUGCUCCAGCACCAAGGAGCGCGCUGAGCAGAAGCUGUUUGCGUUCGCGUUCGCUCGGCUGAUGGACGACGACGGGGCGACGAUCGGCGACGGACUGCGUCAGCUCUGUGUCUAUAAAUGUGACGACAGGAACAAACUGCUGAACCCGGCGUCGUACCUGAACCUGGCGUGGCACUCGGGUCAGGCGGAAGCGAUGGUCGGUGGGAACCACCACUUCAAUCGGUCGGCACGCGAAUCUGUCUGGGUCCAGACUCAGCUCUGCUCCACCAAACUCACACAGAACGGCGACCUGCUGUCGCUGCUGAAGUGGCGGCAGCACCCGGAACGGAUCGCCGACACGCUCAGCCGCGUCAUGAAGCUGAAGGGAGAGGAGGUGAUGAAGUUCUUGCAGGACGUGCUGGAUGCACUGUUCGCCAUGUUCUCCAACGACGACGGCACGGCCACCCAGCACUCGGGACUGGUCUUUCAGGCCCUGGUCAGCAUAUUCAGUCACCUGCAGGACAACAGGUUCGAGCACUUCCGACCCGUGCUGGAGGCUUACGUCAGUGGCCACUUCGCCGCCGCCCUGGUCUACAAGGGCCUGGUGAGCUGCGUGCGCCACUACGCCGAGCAGGUGUCGGUGGCCGAGCGCCAGGAGCCGCUGGCGCGCUGUUUUCGCGCGCUCGAGCUCGUCUUCCAGUUCGUGGUCCGCUCGCGCCAGCUGCUGGCGCGUCAGAGCGGCGGCGGGUCCGACGACACGUUCAGGGUCGACCUGGCUGAGCUGUUCAACGUGUUCAACAGGACAUUGUCCAGCGCGGGGCCCGAUGCUGCCGUCAGCACUCAGGUGGCGCUGCUGUCGUCUGUACCGGCCGUCUGCGACCGUCUGUCCGCGGUGGUGCCGGCCGCCGACCUUGCGCGCCGGCUCUCCCUCAUGUUCGAGGCCCUGCCGCGCGACCCCCAGACGUGCGUCACGCAGGCCAAGCUGAAGGCCAUGCAGGCCACGGUAGGAUCGCAGCUGUUUCAGGACAGAGAGUGCCGCCGCCAGCUGCUACAGACGAUGUGUAAGCACCUGCAGUACCACAUCGGGCACCGCCAGGAGGUUCGACUCAGUACCGACCUACUCGGGGACCUGCUCACCAUCGUCCAGCAGCUCAAGUGUGACGGUGACGGCGACACGGGCCGGGAGGUGGAGAUCCUCUCUCUGUACCUCGCCGACACGCUGGUGCGAGCCGUCCUCUCCCUCGAGUCGACCCCCCUGCGGACUGGCGGCGGGCAGUGCGGCCGGCUGGUGGCUGCCCUGGCCACCCUGCUGCGACUGAUGGCGCCGGCCCACUACUGCCAUCUGUGGGCCGAAAUGGCGGACGACGAGCAGCUCUGUCAGUUUCUGCUGCGACUGAUGGCACUCUUCAGGGAGCUCAUCACCGAACAGAUGUACCCCCGCGACUGGUGCGUGUUGAAGAUGACCGUCAACAAGGUGAUCCUGAACACGCUGAAGGAGCUCUCUACUCCUCUCAGAGCCCGCUUCCUUCAGGGAGACAGCUUCAACCAACUGCUGUGGCACAACUACUUCACACUGUCUGUGGCGUUCGCCACCCAGCCGGACCUUCAGCUGGAGACCUUCUCGGAGAUCAAGCGGGAUAAGCUGCUGCACAACUACCAGGACAUGCGGAUCGUCAUGGGCUUCGAGGUGCUCUCCAUGUGGCGUCUGCUCGGUGACCGUAAGGUGCACUUCGUACCCUCUCUGGUGGGUCCGAUGCUGGAGCUGACGCUGCUGCCGGCGCCGGAGCUGCGCAGGGCCACUCUGCCCGUCUUCUAUGAGCUGAUGGAGGCGGAACAGGCCGCCAGGGGGACCUUCAAACAGGUUGAGACUGAGGUGAUUGAUAAACUGGACAUCCUGGUCAGUGAAGACAAGGGCGACGACGACUACCGGAGGCUCUUCCAGAACAUCCUGCUGACGGAGGUACAGCAGCGCCGGCCGCCCUGGCGGGACGCCGGCGUACGGUUCGUGCUGUCGGUGACGCGCCUGCUGGAGCGGCUGCUGGACUACCGCCAGGUCAUGGAGGGUGACGAGAACAGGGACAAACGGAUGAGCUGCACCGUCAACCUGCUGAAUUUCUACAAGAGCGAGGUAAACCGCUCGGAGAUGUACCAGCGCUACAUCUACAAGCUGCACGACCUGCACGUGUCGGCCGAGAACUACGUGGAGGCCGCGCUGACGCUGCGCCUGCACGCCGAUCAGCUCGAGUGGAGCACCCGGGUGCUGCACGCCGACCUGCGCUACCCGGCCCACUGUGAGUGGCAGCGAAAGGAGCAGCUGCUGCGGCAGAUGGUCGACUAUGUGGACCGCGCCAAGUGCUGGGAGCUCGGCAUCCCCCUGCUGAAGGAGCUCGCCGAGCAAUAUGAGACGCGCGUGUUCGACUACGGACGGCUCAGUGAGACUCUGCGCACAAUGGCGGACUUCUAUGACCGGAUCAUGAGCCAGCUGAGACCCGAGCCGGAGUACUUCCGAGUGGGCUUCUACGGACAGCAGUUUCCGCCCUUCGUCAGGAACAAGGUGUUUGUGUACCGGGGUCUGGAGUACGAGCGGCUGGCCACGUUCACUCAGCGCCUGCAGACGGAGUUCCCUGCCGCUCAGCUGAUGACUACACUGGCGCCACCUGACGAGAACAUCAUGAACGCACCGGCGCAGUACAUUCAGAUUUGUAACGUGCGUCCGGUGGCUCGCGAGUCCGGCUCCCGCCAGCAACUCGACGUUCCCGCCAAAAUCCAGGCGUUCCACCUUGUGAACGAUGUGGACACGUUCCAGUUCGACCGGCCCGUCCACCGCGGCGCUGUGGACAGGGACAACGAGUUCAAGACCCUAUGGCUGGAGCGGACCGUGCUGCAGAUCGAGUCGCCCCUGCCGGGCAUCCUGCGCUGGUUCCCGGUGAGCUCCGCGCGCCGUGAGCUCAUCUCACCGGUGAGACACGGCUGUGAGACGGUGAGCGCGGCCAACCGCCAGCUGCGUCAGCUGAUCGGACGGUACACGCCGCCGGUGGCUGAUACUAACGUCAGUCCGCUCAGCAUGCGGCUCCAGGGCAUCAUAGACGCUGCGGUGAACGGAGGUCACAGCAACUUCAAGGAGGCGUUCUUCACUGCCGAGUUCGCUGCCCAGAACCCGGACAUGGUGCAGCACGUGACACAGCUGAAGGGGCUCAUCCAGGAGCAGCUCUCGAUUCUAGACCAGGCGCUCAGUCUGCACGGCCAGCUGGCGCCGGCCAGUGUGCAGCCGCUGCACCGUCGGCUGCUGCAGUGCCAGCGGCAGCUGCGACUGGCAGCUGCCGGCUCCCCGCCCGCGCCCGGCGCCGACUCCCCGGGACCAGCCCGCUUCAGUCGACAGAGCAGCCACCGGCGCAGCGUGGGCGCCGACUCCAAGGCCAGCAUACUCAGCACGCCACUGCCGCCGGUACCGACCGCUGCAGUCCCCCAGUGGCGCCGGCCGGGCAGCAGCUCGUGUCCCAGUAGCCGCUCCUCUGCCGCCUCCUCCGUGUCCUGGAGCGGCGUACAGACCACCGAGCCGACCGAACAGGAGCUGGGGUACGCGCGACCCGGCGACUGGGACUCGCUCGGUGACAGGAGGAGCUCGAUGGGCUCACAGACCAGCGGCGACUUCCAGCAGCACGAAUACUUCCUGCUCACCGUCGGAGGUGACGACGACCCUCCCGAGCGGCCGCCGAAGCGUCUCUCGGAGCCGCGUCCGUCUGGUGACGGUCCAUCCCGUCCGGUCAGCCGCCAGUCGUCUGUGGUGGGGAGCUCGGACCAGCCGCCGCUACCGCCGCUGCCGCCCAAACCUGCUGAAAAGCGUCACACAUCGUCAGUCUCUUCAGUGGUCUACGGCGGAGCACUGGAGCACCGGCCCAGCCUUCCGCUCAGGCUCACCAAAAAGGUGUCUGCGCCGGCGAUAAUGUGUGCACCGAUCCUGCCGCCGCCUCCGCUGCCACCCAAGCCGCCGGCGCCGCGCUCCUCAGAGGUACCCAGUCCGACGGCGGCGCUAUGUGACCUGCUCGGUCCACCCGACUUUGAGGCGCCGCCGCCGCCCACCGCCGAGUCCUCGCCAACGCCGGGAGAGCUAUCAUCGACAUACAUGUCGCCCACGCUGCCGGCCGUGCCGACGAGCGCGCCGCCCGCGCCCGCCCUGCCGCCCCCGCCCAGAACGUCCGGCGUGCCGCUGACCCGGCUGACAGCUCCCGAUCAGCCGCCGAGGGUGGCACUCAGCUUCGACGAGCCAGACUAUGGAGAUUAUAAGGUCCUACAGCCGGGCAGUGCUGUCUAUGGGAACUAUAAGGUCCUGAAACCGGGCGGCACUGAAUACGGCGACUAUAAGGUCCUCAAACCGGGCAGCACCGACUACGGAGACUAUAAGGUCCUACAGUCGGGCAGUACUGACUACGGAGACUAUAAGGUUCUUCAGUCGGGGAGAUUUGAAGAUAGGGACUACGAAGUCCUCAAACCGGGCGAAGCUGACUUCGGCGACUAUAAGGUUCUCAAUUCAGGCAGUCCUGGGUGUGGUGACUACAAAGUGCUCCAGCCUAACGGUCUGUGCAGGUUGAGUGAGGAGCCCAACUACAAACUGGUGGUGUCACCGGGUAGGAUAUGUCGGCGCCUGGCUGCGGCCGGUGACAGAGAAACAGAUGCCUGAAACCGUGCGGAAAUGAGACUUACAGAAGUAUACUGUUCUUAUUUGGGUAACGUAUCGAGCUAUGAUCAAGUGAUUGUGCGAGCUUGUGACCUUGUUUGACCAAGUAGGAUGGAAGCUGAAGGUUCCAUCGUCAACUGUUCGAACUUAGCGUGAGUAACGCCGAUGCUAUGUUGUAAACGGUGCCGGGGCGAGCUUCGAGUCGCCUCGCUACUGGAGUCGUUUCGGGUAAUUCAGUGGCCCAGCCAGUGGCGUAUGUUUGAUAUUUUGAUAUAGCAAUGGUAUGCGCCACAGGAGAAGCUAUAUUUUUGGUAUGUGUUGCUUAGUUAUGGCAUAUAAAACACGUAUUAGCUCUUCAACUCGCAUCAAAUGCGCAAGAAAAAACCCUGUUUGGCUUACGUGUGAGAAUUAUGAUAGGCCAAAUGAUACCCAUUAAGCUUCUCGUCAAAGUCGUGUGCCUACACACCGAGGUACUAGUCAUGGAAAGCAGUGUUAUCGAGUUGGUGGCCAUUGUUCGUACGAGAAGUGCUCACUUCGGUGGCCCAGCGACCGGCCUGGAGUCUCAGUCGAUCUGCCCGUAUCUGAUCAUACCACUGUCAUAAGGUGCUUCUCGUGAAUAUGCCGAGGCCAUAAUAAGGUGUUGACUGGGCCGCGCUUAGGUAUUGACGUUAUAAGUGAUCGUAUGUUGUUUGAAUAUGUCGUGCCAAGCAUAGCGUUUUAUUGCAACGCAAAAUAAUGAUGCGUUAUAUUUGCUCACACACGCACACUCGCAUUGAUGUUACUUUGUAGAUUGUGACGCUAUAUUUCGUCCAUCAGUUUAUGUUGUGUCGCUUCCAACGAAAUACAAUGAAUAUAUUUC